AAUUGUUUGUGCACUUUUUUUUUUUUUUCAGUGAAGGUUUCUGUCUCUUGUUUUUGCCUUUGAAACUUCUUCCUCCAAAUCCAAAACACAAGCAGAAUAAAUAACCCAGGAUCCCGCAGGUGAUCCUCCCAGACCUGGCUGUGCUGCGUGUGGCUGUGUACGACGACAACAAUAAGCUGAUCGGACAGCGCAUUCUCCCGCUGGACGGACUGCAGUCGGGUUACAGGCACAUCUCCCUACGAAACGAGUACAACAAGCCUCUGUCUCUGGCCACCGUCUUCUGCAGAAUCAUCCUCAAGACAUACGUGCCCGACGGCUUCGGAGCGAUUGCAGAUGCCCUGUCUGAUCCCAAGAAGUUCGUAUCGGUCUGUGAGAAAAGAACGGACCAAAUGAGAGCCAUGGGCAUUGAGAUGUCAGAUAUCGCCGAUGUUCCGAAUGACGGCUGGAUGGGGAGCAGGAAGCGGAAGGCGAUGCUGCAGCAGAAAGACUCUGAGAGACUGAGAGCAGCGCCGGGACAGAGCCCACUCAUCUGCUCCAAAGAGGAUACAUCAGUGCUCGCACCUCAGCUGACCAUCGACGACCUAAAGCAGACAAAGACUUACUUGAAGCUUGUCAAGAAGCAGCAGAAGGACAUGUGUGCUUUGAAGAAAAAGCAGGCGAAGGCCCAUGUGGCACUGCAGAGCUCCCACUGCACUCAAGUGGACAGGACUGUUGCUCAACAUGAUAAAGAGAAACAAGCGCUGGAGAAGCAGCUCGAGAAAAGCAUCAGGAAAGUGAGUGACAAUUACAGCCUUGAAAUGAGCAGAGACAUCGAAAAGCAGAUCAAGACUUUAACGAGCAAUCACAAAUCAAAGGUGAAGGAGAUGGUGGCCAGUCACGCGCUUGAAUGGGCAGAAAUGAUCAAAUGGCACUCGGCUGAAGAGCAGACUGUGAGAGAGCAGCAUGUGAUUCAACAGUGCGAGACGCUCCGGAAACUCCUGCUGAUGGAGCAUGAGAAGCAAACACAGCAGCUCUCGCUCCUGCAUGAGAGACAAAAUAAAGACAUGCGGACCAACCAAGCGAAGACCUCGAUGGAGAGCAGCAAAGCCAUCAGUCAAGACAAAAGCAUAAAGAACAAGGCUGAGAGGGAACGGAGAGUUCGAGAGCUUAACAGCACAAACACAAGGAAGUUUCUUACAGAACGAAAGAGGCUCGCCAUGAAACAGUCCAAGGAAAGCGAGCAACACCAGGCAGCUCAGCGGGAACAACUGGAGAGGCUGGAGAAACACAAUGAGGAGCUGUUGAACUCGUGCUAUGCAAAAUCACAAUGCCAAGGCCAGAGAGACGGCAGAGAAGAGCGAACAGAGCGCUGAAGCGGAGCGAUCAAACCCACCGCUUGCAGACUUUCACGCGCACUAAUGAUCUGUACGUGCACUACACACAUAGAACUUGUUUUUAGUGAAAUCAGCUUGGUAUUUAUUUGUUAUAUGAAUACUGAAUGUUUUAUAAAUAUGAGUGCACAGAUAUUCUGUGAUUUGUCAGCAAAGAGAGAAACUGAUUCUUAUUUUAUAAGCCCGGCUACUUUAAAAUAAACAUGCACUAUUUAAUGUUUUUAAAGCGUGUGUCUAAUCUCACUGUGAAUGAUUCAUCAGUACAUAUUGUAUAAAAAAUAAAUGUUUGAUUUGUUUUUUUUUUUAUAUAAUACGAUUAUAUUUUUCCCAUUAAUCGUUAUUCUGAUAUGAAACACCUGUAUCUGAAAGUCUUUUGAAAUAACACUGUUUUGAAGCUCAUGCAAAAAAGUAUGUACGUGUUUUAAAUUGAUAUAAAAUCCAUUUUACUGGCU